GGGACGUGCAAAUUUGUUGGCGAUGUCCUUUUUGAGGCAGUCCCCCAGAUUAUCAACAGCGGACAAAUUGGCAUCUCAGUCAACGUUAUACAAUUGAAAGUACUACCAGACAUGUCUCACAUGAAUAUUUACUGGGAAGCGAGCGGUAUCCCAGAGAAAGAUAAGCAGACACAGAUUGCUUUAGAUCAGAAAGCCAAGUUCUUAAGGCACAUUCUGAUUGAAGCUCAGACUUUAGGUAAUGUUCCAAGACCAGUAUUUGUCAAAGACUUUUCUGUAGCACGUCAGAAACAAGUGGAUGAAAUUCUCCACCAAAUCAGUCUUGAAAACCAGAAUGAACCAGAUGUUUCUGAAGAUACAGAUAGAGAAAUGAAUGAAGAUUUAUCCUCAUCAGAAACUGAUAGUGAAACUGAAUUAGAUGUACAUUUAGAGAAACAGAAUGUGAUGUCUUCAGAAAAAGAACUGGACUCGAAUAUUCAUGAAGAUCAGAGUCUUGAAAAUGUCGAGACGGAAUUUAGACAGGACUUGUAUGAUUUACAGCAUGACGUAUUAAUGAAAAAAGUGACUUUAGCUAAAACUUCAGCUAUUCAGAGACCAUCAGUUGUACCUGAUACUAAAUGUAUGGGUAGCGAUUAUAUACACGGUAACAACAAUUUAAAAACAAAAUUCUUCAGCCCAAAAAAGUUAGUCAGUAAGAAAAAGUUAUUGAAACAGAUUGAACAGGAAGAAAUGUAUCAAUUAGAAUAUGAAAUAAAUAAAUUUGAUGAAAUGUAUGAUAAUGAAGAAAUUGAUAAACGUGAUGAAGAAAAAGAUUUUACCAAGAUUGAUAGUUAUAUUGAAAGGUAUCAUAAAGUCUCUCCUACUGAGGAAGACAAACCAGAGUAAAACUGAUCGGUUUUAAUGCUCUUGUUGUGCUAGUCGUGUUAUGUAAAAAAAUAAAUGAAUUCGAUGUGUGA